AUGGCCGAAGCGAGCGAUGUAUUGUCUCAGGUGUCCACGGCCACGGGAAGCGGGACGGCCUCAGAACGCAUGGCCUCUCGGCAGCAGAAGCAGAUGAUCAUCAGGGUAGGAGCGGUGACCAUGGUGCUGCUGAUCAUCAUCAACGCCAUCCUGCUCUACCUCUGGCUCACGUCCAAGCCCACGGUGAUCAACAAGACGGUUACAAAAAGUGCGCGACGUUUGUUCGUGCCGGACCGCUACCAGCGUGAGGGCGAGGACUCCUACCUGCUCCUGGAAGACUUCUCACCCCGCGACUUGAGCCACGAGGUCUCUCGGCGUCGAGACCCCCUGUGCAACACGGCGGGCUGCCUCUGGCUUCGAGGCUACCUCCGCUCCGGAGGCAGCGACUCGAGCAACAUCCAGAGCCAGAGGCGCAGCCCACCGGGUCCCUGCGACGACUUUCACGAGCACGUCUGCAGAUCCCGGCGCCAGUCGAUCUACGAAGACGGCGUCGCCCGCCUCAUGGACGCCGUGAAGGCGCGCCUCCUGGUAACGCGCAGUCGGGCUGGUGGAAACGGUAGUGACGCAGCAAAGGGUGGUUCCGAACGGAAACGGCAGAUGGAGCCUGCGAGUCUCCUGCGGCGAUGCCUAGAUGGCGCAACAGUGGUCACCGAAGACGACAUAGCACGCGCCUGUGGCGACACCCACGACAUGGUCUGCCCAAACUCAGCUCCAGAGGCCCCACUGCGCAUUUCUGAGGACUUCUUCGAGAACAACCCCAACGCCAGCGUCUACGACUACGCGGUGUUCCUGAAAAGGUAA